UCUUGGUCCCCCGCAGCUGUGGUGUUUACGCCAGCUCUCGUCGAUUAAAAGACCGCCUGCCUCCCGUUUGAUCGGACGGUGCCAAAGUAUAGCCCAUCUUUCCCAGCCAUACAAAAACCAAUUCUUACACUUAACAAUCGAGCAUCUGCAGCUAUGGCACCCACCGUUCAGGAUCUCGUCCGCGAAGCCGUCAAGCUCGCCGAAGCGGACGACGUCGACGGCCUUAAGCGCGUUUUGAGCGAGUUCCAGUCCGCCCCCCGAGAGCCAGCCAGCCACACAAGCUCCGACCCCAUGUUUGAUAUGCAGCCGGCGCUCGAUGCCGCCCUUAGAAAUGCAAACGUCGGCGCCGCCGGCGAGCUCUUGGCCCAUGGGUGCAAGCCAUACUCGGGCGCCGUCUCCGCUGCGCUCCAAAGCUGCAAGCCCGAGACCGGGUUCAACCUAGCCUCCUUCGAGUGCCUGCUCGCGCACGGCUGGGACGUCAACCACAGCACCGGCCACCUGGGCGACGCGCUCAUCAUGGCCAUCAAGUAUUCCCUGUUCCCGCUCGCCGAGUUCCUGCUACGCAACGGCGCCGACCCGAACCGCAACGAAUCGGGCGCCAUGUUCCCCACGGCCCUUGGCGCGGCCUGCGGCUCCGCCGAGGCCCCGCCCGACCUGGUCCGCCUGCUGCUGGAGAAGGGCGCCGACGCCAGGGAGGGCGCCGCCCUGCUGGCGGCCGCGUCCGCGGAAGGGGGCCGGGCCGACGUGCUGGAGGUCCUGCUGCAGGACGGCGCUGGCGCGGCGCUGAUCAACGAGGUCCCCGCGGGUGGUGAGUACGAUAGGUUCCUGGACGAGGAGUAUUGGGGCACGCCACUGCACGGAGCAGCGGCCAAGGGUAACGCCGAGUGCGUUGCGCUGCUCCUGGCCAAGGGAGCCAGCAAGGAGAUCAGAAACGGCGCCGGAAGGACACCCAAGGAAACGGCCGAAAAGCACAGUCACGGCGAGUGCGCGAGGCUGCUGGUUUAAGGUCCAGUCCAAACCAGUGCCGCCCACGGCCAUGGGCAAAACUUCACAUAUUUAUUGUGCGGCUUUAAAUAGAGCAGGACUUUUCCAGGAGGCACCGCCCGUACCCAUGUAUCGUGGUUCCGUCCGCAGUGGAGCUAUGUUUGCCGCUAUAACAUUUGCAGUGAUGGC